UUGGUUAACAGACAUGGAAGACAACGAAGAAGAGGAGAGCUGCAGCAUAUACCCAAGCAUAGUUCCACUCAGUAAUGAGUUAACAGCCCGGAUGCAGAAGUUUGUGGAGGAGAGGACAGAAGUCAAUAUGUGGACAGCUGUGCUGAUUGGAGCUGUGACGGCAGUUUCUGUUGUUGGAACUGUUGUGUUUCUUCUUUACAGAAGAUACAAACUGUCAAAGGAGGAGGCCGGCGUCCCUCACUAUCGCUUCAGGAAGAGAGACAAAGUAAUGUUCUACGGUCGAAAGAUCAUGAGAAAGGUUCAAACACUGUCUUCAGUUCCUCCUUCUAACUCAAACUCAGCCUCACGGCAGAGAGUGAGGAAGAGGACCAAAGUCCUGUCAAUAGCUCGCAAGAUCCUGCGUAUCCGGAAGGAGCCCCCCACCCUGCAGCCAAAAGAGCCUCCUCCCUCUCUGCUGGAGGCUGACCUGACUGAGUUUGACGUUCAGAACUCCCACCUGCCCUCUGAGGUGUUAUACAUGCUGAAAAAUGUCAGAGUGCUCGGCCACUUCGAGAAGCCUCUCUUCCUGGAGCUGUGUCGUCACAUGGUACUAAUCCAGCUGCACCAGGGAGAGGCACUCUUCAGACCCGGUGACACUGAUGACAGCAUUUACGUGGUUCAAGAUGGGCGUCUGGAGCUGUGCAUCCAUGAGAGUGAUGGAACAGAUGCUGUUGUUAAGGAGGUGUUACCAGGAGACAGUGUUCACAGUUUGCUCAGUAUCCUGGACAUCAUCACUGGCUACCCAGCGCCUUACAAGACAGUGUCUGCAAGGGCAGCGGUUCCCUCCACCAUCUUGCGUCUUCCAGCUGCAGCAUUUCAGUCAGUGUUUGAUAAAUAUCCUGAAACUCUGGUCCGUGUCAUCCAGAUAAUAAUGGUGCGUCUCCAGAGAGUGACCUUCCUUGCCUUACACAACUACCUUGGCCUUACCACUGAGCUCUUUAACCCGGAGAGUCAAGCUAUCUCCCUGGUGUCGGUGGCAAAUGUUCUGGGGGAGGCUCAUCCACACAAAAGCUUCCGCCGACAGGCAUCCCAGUCUGAUGAUCUGGUCUCAGAAAAGGCCGACACUGAAAGGUCCAGUGUCUCUGACAUGCCCACAUCAAAAUACAAGAAAUCUCGCUCUCAUUCCAGCCCACUUGCUGUAACAGGUGAAAUGUCAGUUGACCUCAACAGAGUAUAUGAACGAGAUCGAGUUGCUAAAGAAGACAUGAUGCCUCACAGUCCCGUUAAGUCUAUUUUAAAGAAGACCGUGACAAUGCAGCAUACUCCAUCUGCUAUUUACCACUACAGUGAUGCUGGAGGAGGAAAUGUCCACCAUAAUAAAGUUAAUGCUAUUUUCCAAGCUGCUAAAAAAGAUCUGCAGCAGGUCAUCCAAAUACAGGACCCCAAUCUGCUGGAAGGGAGGGUGAUUCUUCGCCAGGUCAAAGCCGGCUCUAUUGUGGCCCACCAAGGAGACCAGGAUGUGAGUGUGGCGUUUAUUAUUUCUGGGGCACUCCAUGUCUACCAACGCAUGAUAGACCGUGAGGAGGAGAGCCUGCUUUUUGUUACCCACCCAGGAGAGAUGGUGGGUCACCUGGCUGUUCUCACAGGGGAACCCCUCAUCUUCACUGUGCGAGCGCACCGAGAUUGCACCUUCCUCUCCAUAUCCAAGGCCCACUUCUAUGAGAUGAUGCGCGAGGAGCCCAGGGUGGUGCUGAAUGUAGCUCACACAGUGGUGAAAAGGGUGUCACCAUUUGUCAGACAGAUCGACUUUGCUCUUGACUGGAUGGCUACAGAGGCUGGUCGUGCUGUCUACAGACAGGGAGACAAGUCAGACAGCACCUUCAUCGUCCUCAGUGGUCGACUGCGCUCUGUUAUUGCAAAGGAUGAUGGGAAGAAAGAGCUGGCUGGGGAGUAUGGCCGUGGGGAUCUAAUUGGUGUGGUUGAGGCUCUGACACACAUGAACCGAGCCACCACGGUCCACGCUGUCAGAGACUCUGAGCUGGCCAAGCUGCCUGAAGGAGCUCUGAACUCCAUCAAGAGGAGAUAUCCUCAGGUUGUCACCAGGCUGAUUCAUCUGCUGGGGCAAAAGAUCCUAGGCAACAUGCAGCAGGUCAACGGACCUCUGGCUGGUCGUAGCCUGGCUCUCCACACUCCGACCAGUAAGUGGGAUGCUGGGAACCCAGCUUCUAACUUGUCCACUGUGACCAUCCUGCCUGUGUCUGAGGAGGUUCCCCUCACUGCCUUCACUCUGGAGCUGCAGCAUGCACUCAGUGGCAUUGGCCCCACUCUACUACUAACCAGUGACAUCAUCAAACAGAGACUGGGCGCUGCUGCUCUGGACAGUGUCCAUGAGUACCGUCUGUCUAGCUGGCUCGGUCAGCAGGAAGACAUCCAUCGCAUCGUCCUCUACCAGUCCGACCCCAGCUUAACGCCUUGGACCCAGCGCUGCAUCCGCCAGGCCGACUGCAUCAUCAUUGUGGGGCUGGGUGAACAGGAGCCUACUGUCGGAGAGUUGGAGCGAAUGUUAGAGGGUAGUGCUGUUCGGGCUCAGAAGCAGCUAGUGCUGCUGCACAGGGAGGACGGCCCGCCGCCCAAAGGGACAGCUGAGUGGCUGAACAUGCGGAGCUGGAUCUCCAGACAUCAUCACCUGUCGUGUCCCCGCAGAGUGUUCUCCAGGAGGAGUUUACCUAAGCUGAGAGAGUUGUACCAGCGUGUGUUUGAAAAAUGUCCAGAUCGUCAUUCUGACUUCUCCCGCCUGGCCAGGAUCCUGACAGGAAACAGCAUCGCCUUGGUGUUGGGUGGAGGGGGCGCCAGAGGCACCUCUCAGGUCGGUAUCCUACGGGCACUGAACGAGGCAGGCAUCCCUAUUGACAUGGUGGGUGGCACCUCCAUCGGCUCUUUCAUGGGAGCCCUGUACGCUGAGGAGAAGAGCAACAGCCGGAUGAGGGUCAGAGCCCGCGAGUGGGCCAUGGAUAUGACCUCUUACUUUAAGAAGAUCUUGGAUCUGACCUACCCGGUUACCUCCAUGUUUUCAGGAGCUUCCUUUAACUCCAGCAUUAGCUCUGUCUUCAAGGACAAACAGAUAGAGGACCUGUGGUUACCAUAUUUCAACAUUACAACUGACAUCACUGCUUCCUCUAUGAGAGUUCACACUGACGGUUCGCUGUGGCGGUAUGUCCGGGCCAGUAUGUCACUGUCUGGUUACCUGCCUCCUCUCUGUGAUCCCAAAGAUGGACACUUACUCAUGGAUGGAGGGUACAUCAACAACCUUCCUGCCGACGUGGCUCGCUCCAUGGGGGCCAAGGUUGUAAUUGCAAUCGAUGUUGGAAGCCGGGACGAGACCAAUCUAACCAACUAUGGUGACUGUCUGAACGGCUGGUGGCUGCUGUGGAAGCGAUUAAAUCCACUGGCUGAGAAAAUCAAGGUCCUGAACAUGGCAGAGAUCCAAACCCGGCUUGCGUAUGUCUGCUGUGUGCGGCAGCUGGAACUCGUCCGAGACAGUGAAUACUGCGAGUACAUCCGACCACCUAUCGACCGCUACGGCACACUAGAGUUUGGCAAGUUCGAUGAGAUUGCGGAUGUGGGCUACCAGCAUGGGAAGACAUUGUUCGAUGUGUGGCAGCGCAGCGGCGUGGUGGACAGCAUGUUGAAGGACAGACAUCAGGAGGAGUUCCACAAGACCACAACUGGCCAUGUUGUCACAUGUCCAAACGCCUCCUUCACCGACCUGGCAGAGAUUGUGUCGAGAAUCGAACCUGUGAAGAACGCCUUAAUCGAGGAGGACCUGUCUGAUGAAUACCAGACUGACUAUGAUGAAGAGGCGGUGGAAAGUGCACUGUCUGACUUUGAGGCAUUCGCCCCUGGAAGUGAACACACUGAGGGAGAGGAUACAGCAGACACUGCUGAAACGGAUGAAGAAAUUCAGAUUAGAGUUCGACACCGGGGGAAGAAUGCCCCACAAAGUGGUCGGCUGUGAUGGCCUGCCAGGGCUGCUACUGACUAUUGAGCACAGCACACAUUUUUCAGCGCACUGUGUGCUCUGAUCCAAUGAGCAGCCAGGUACCACACUCACUGUACGCUUCUCUGGUGAUGGAUAUAUUGCCUUAAGCUGUCUGCAGACAGUGAGCGGUGGUGGUCAUGGCCGCCACUUGUAACCUUACCAGCCUGAACAGCACAGACUGCUGGCAUGAACUGUUGGACUGCUGCUUAAAAUAGGGACAACGUGGUCUACUAUUAUAAAUAAUGAUUGUUGCCUCUAGUAGGAUAAUCCGACCUAAAGCUGGUGUUGCUCCCAUACGGUUUCUCUCCAUUAAACUAUCUGCUGGUAAAGAUGUGUCAUUCACAGUACCUGUGAAAUCACCUCCUGCAUCAUCUCUUUCUGUAUUUUGUUGGUUGCCAUGGUCGCAUGUUGUGACCUCCAUGCCUUCAGCAUGCUGCUAUGUUUAUUCUGAAAUCAGCGUAAGUUUACCAACAACCCCAGCUCCAGUGUGUCUUAACCAUCAAAAAAAAUGUACAAAAAUAAAAAAAAACUCCAACAAUUCUCUGUGGGAAGUCAGAAACCAGCAGAGAAUUUUACAAUACUUAGGGCUGAUUCACAUGAAUCUCUUUCAGCUCGUAUCAUUCAUUCAUUGAAUUGUAUGGCAGUCAAAAGCUCUCUUGUAAUGACAAUAGGGCAGGGCAUACAUCUGUUACUGGAUCACUGAUCUUUACCAUUUAUAGACUCCAUAGAAGCACACCACGCACAAAUACCCUACAGUUUUCCAACAAAGUAUUUCAUAUUAUGCAUUGCUACUUUUUGGGACAGUUCUGUGCACAGCUAGUUCCUGCCAUAAUGAUUUCUGAUUCAUGUAUAUUGCGUUUUCAUACAUCUAAGUUAGAAGAUGUUUUCUAUGCUUACACUACAGUUCAAGUGCAGUGUUAUCCUCUUUUUGUCCAGUAAUGAAGGGAUUUGUCCUCUUUCGGAGCAGAGCUGUCUGCACACCGUGAGUGGGACAGCGGUACU